UAAGCUUUUAAUCUUUUAUUAUUCUGAUAAAUAAAAUGAAUGAAGACACAUCCCGCUUUAGUUUAGUGUUGGGUUUAUCGAAACGAAGAUCUCUACGAAACAUUGUCGGGAUCCAUUGUUGUGUCUCUUCAAUUUUGGGUAAAUCAAAAAGAGUUUACUGAGCAUACUGAUUCGAGUCUCGAUUCAUAAAUGACCUCGAAGAUCUUCAGGUGAGUUUCUGUCUGAAGCUCACUGUUGAAGCUACGGAACUUCACUGUUUCAGGGUUUUCUCUGUGUAUGAGUUUUGAUUCCAUCUGAUGGAGAUUGCCUCUGUAUGAUAAAAAGCUCAAUUCUAUCGCAAUUCAAUAGCUGCUCUGUUUCUUGUUCCAAUUGCGAUGAGAAUACUUACUCGAUUGGAGAGAUUUCAUCAUGCUGGCCUCCGUAGAUUGCUGUUGGGGAUCAUCAUCACCGUUGGUUUCGUUGUUCUACUUGUUCUCUGUUUCGGUAUUCCCUGUCGAAAUGCUUCUUGCUUGUCUCUUGUUAAGGUUUCAGGUAUUGUAGUCUCUCAAGUUUCUGUGGUUAAAGCUGAUGUUGAUGAUGAUGGAAAUGGUUAUGGAGAUGAAUAUGAAAAGGGCAAAAUGAAGAAAGAUUCCUCCUUGGAUAUCGAAAGAGAAGAUGAUAUUGCAAUUAACAAUGUCAUAGUAGAGAUUAAUGUCUCUGUUAUUGCAAGAACAGAUGUAUCGUUGGGGAAGCCUAAAAUGGCAGUUGAAAGUUCGAUUUUGGUUGGGAGUAAAGAUAGUAGAGAAGGUAAUGUUUUAUCUGUUAUGAGACACAAGCAAGGUGCUGCAGUUUCUAUAUCUCAGAUGAACUCAUUGCUGAUCCAGAGUCUUUCUUCUUCUCAUUCUCCUAAGCCUCGCUGGUCAUCUGCUCGAGACUCCGAAAUGCUCUCUGCGAAAUUCCAGAUUGAGAAUGCUUCUGUUGUGCAUGAAGUCAUAGGACUUGAUGCUUCGGUUUAUCGAAAUAUCUCCAAGUUUCAAAGGAGUUACGACUUGAUGGAGAGGAAACUCAAAGUUUAUGUGUACAAGCAAGGAGCCAAACCGAUAUUCCAUAAGCCAACACCUCGAGGAAUCUACGCAUCAGAAGGUUGGUUCAUGAAACUCAUGGAAAGCAACAAGAAGUUCGUAGUAAAAGAUCCGAGGAAGGCUCAUUUGUUUUACAUACCCGUCAGCAUAAAAUCCCUAAGGACCUCUCUGGGACAGGAUUUUCAAACACCAAAGGGCCUUGCAGACCAUUUAAAAGAAUAUGUGGAUUUGGUAGCACGAAAGUACAAGUUCUGGAACAGAACUAGUGGAUCAGAUCACUUUCUUGUUGCUUGCCAUGAUUGGGGAAACAAGCUGACGAAGAAACACAUGAGUAACAGUGUUCGAGCACUUUGCAACUCAAAUGUUGCACAAGGGUUCAGAAUUGGGAUCGAUACGGCUUUACCAGUCACAUACAUUCGCUCCGCAGAGUCCCCUAUUGAGUACCGUGGAGGAAAAGAUCCGUUAGAGAGGAAGAUUCUUGCUUUCUUCGCUGGAAGCAUGCACGGAUAUCUCAGACCGAUCCUUGUGCAGCUUUGGGAGAACAAAGAGCCUGACAUGAAGAUCUUAGGUCCAAUGCCUCGUGACCCAAAAGGAAAGAAACAAUACAGAGAAUACAUGAAGAGCAGUAGGUACUGUAUAUGUGCGAGGGGUUAUGAAGUUCAUACUCCUAGGGUUGUGGAAGCUAUAAUCAACGAAUGUGUUCCGGUUAUCAUUGCUGAUAACUACGUGCCUCCGUUUUUCGAGGUUUUGGACUGGGAAGCAUUCGCGGUGUUUGUGAAGGAGGAAGAGAUACCGAAUCUGAGGAAUAUUUUACUAUCGAUACCGGAAGAGAGGUACAUUGGGAUGCAAGCAAGGGUGAAAAUGGUACAGCAACAUUUCUUAUGGCACAAGAAACCGGUGAAGUUUGAUUUGUUUCAUAUGGUUUUGCAUUCAGUUUGGCACAGCCGAGUUUAUAGGGUUAAAACCAGGUCUAGGCAUUGAGUUAGUAUAUGUUGGAGAUCUUGUAGUAAUGUAGUUAUUACCAUUCUCCACUUGUAAAGAUGAGUUUAGCUACAAGCCUACAACCCUCGAAUAAAAUUGGCUUAAAGUAAAUUCAAAGCUUUGUAGUAUUUGCUCAUUUGGUACAACCAUUGAUCAAAAACGCUUAGGAGACUAUCAUCUUGUUUUGAUC